UAUCCCUGUCUCCCCCUCCAUUUGAACCGUGCUACCCGUUCGCCAAGCGAGUCCCACGCCCAGCGCACCUUAUUUUUCGUUCUGUUCGCAGCAAGUAACCCGCAGACAUGUCGUCCUUCUUCGGUCUGUCUAAGACCAAGACCUUCAAACCAAAGCGCAAUAUACCCGAGGGAACCAAACAAUACCAACUCAAACGUUAUGCUGAAGCGACACUCGGCAGUGGUAACCUCCGCGUCGCCGUGGUACUCCCUGAGGGCGAAGACUUGAAUGAAUGGCUGGCCGUCAACACUGUUGACUUCUUCAAUCACCUCAAUAUGCUCUACGGAACUAUCACAGAAUUCUGCACGCCACAAGAAUGCCCGACGAUGUCGGCAGGACCGCGGUUCGAAUACCACUGGCAAGAUCCGACCGUACCAGAGUAUAAAAAGCCGACCAAGAUGAGCGCGCCGGACUACGUCGACUGUCUCAUGAGCUGGGUACAGGCUCAGCUUGACGAUGAUAGCGUUUUCCCUAGCAAGAUUGGCGUACCCUUUCCGAAAGACUUUCAAGCACGAGUCAAAGCAAUCAUGAGGCGUCUCGGGCGUAUCUACUACCACCUUUACUCUUCGCAUUUCCACCAAAUUUGCGCGCUCUCCAUCGAGGCACAUCUAAACACGUCCUAUCGCCACUUCCUGCUAUUCGUCAACGAAUUUGGGCUGAUAGACCCCAAGGAGAUGGCCCCACUCGCCGAGCUGAACGAGGCGAUCUUGGCGGAUAGCUAGAGCGCGCAGGACAGAGCUGCGCGCUGACAAGCAUGAGCGGCAGCAUGCGUUGCCUCACCUCACGUCGACCCUCUCCAACGAGCCACGCACUUGUCUUCUAUUCUGCAGGGAGGAUCCUUCGCCUCCACUCCACGGCUUCUACAGUUACUCUCGAGCCUCUCCCACAAUAUCCGUCCCUGUCUAUGUAAAUUGUCCAAGUCCACUGUACUGCAAAUGUGUUCUACAUUGUAACUGUCUCCGAC